UAAUAAACCUGUUUUUAUUUUCUCUCUCUCAGCCCAUAGUGUAUCCUAUAGGUGUUUCCUGUCCUAGAGUCGCGGCUCCGUUUAAAUUUAGUCUCAUAUAUAAAAGCUCAACAUUUAAUCCGCUGUCCAGAAACCCUGAAAGCGGUGACGAAUCGCGCCGUCAUUGGACGCCCUUAAAACCCCUCCCUUUAUAAUUUCACUGAAGCGCGGUGUGUGCGGAGACCUGAAACACACCGACGACACCGGUUAGGCGAGGAUAUACACACACUUACACACUUAUACACACACACACACACACGCACACACACAUAUAUAUAUACACACAGACAGUUCCGCAAACACGAGCACGCAGCACUUUCCGAAAAAACACUGCGGCCGAAAAUUGUGCGCAUGAAGACGGGGAAAUCCGACAGGAUGUGUUUGUAACUGAUGCGCGCGGAGACGGUGUGUGUUUGCAUUGCAUGCGGCACCGAUGGACUUUUAAUCACUGCGACCACCGAGGACAUACUUUUAUAUAUAUGUAUAUAUAUUAUAUUCUUUUUAUUUCUUGUUGCAGAAGAAAUCAAAGCGGAUGAUUUAAGCAUCAGUGCGCGCGCGUGCCUAGAGCACAAACAGCAGACUUGGGUUUUUUUUGUUGUUGUUGUUUUUUUUGUGUUUUUUUUUUUUUGUAUUAGGAAACUUUUUCUGCUCUUAAUAGGUCCCUUUUCUUCUCUAGCAUUGGCUCCCGUGCAAACAGCCGCGUUGGAUCCGUCGGGUUACUGCGAGCCUCCGGUGUAUAACCCGGACCUCUGCCCCAACAUGAUCGCCGCGCAGGCCAAGCUCGUGUACCACCUAAACAAGUACUACAACGAGAAGUGCCAAGCGCGCAAGGCGGCCAUCGCUAAGACCAUCCGCGAGGUGUGCAAGGUGGUCUCAGAUGUGCUCAAGGAGGUCGAGGUGCAGGAACCGCGCUUCAUCAGCUCGCUCAAUGAGCUGGACAACCGGUUCGAGGGCCUCGAAGUGGUCUCGCCCACUGAGUUCGAGGUUGUGCUCUAUCUCAACCAGAUGGGCGUCUUCAACUUCGUGGACGACGGCUCCUUGCCUGGUUGCGCCGUGCUGAAGCUGAGCGACGGCCGCAAGCGCAGCAUGUCUCUCUGGGUGGAGUUCAUCACGGCCUCUGGAUACCUGUCAGCGCGUAAAAUCCGCUCACGUUUCCAGACGCUUGUGGCGCAGGCCGUGGACAAGUGCAGCUACCGCGACUCGGUCAAAAUGGUGGCUGAUACGAGUGAAGUGAAGCUGCGCAUCCGAGACCGCUACGUGGUCCAGAUCACACCGGCGUUCAAGUGCACAGGGAUCUGGCCGCGCAGCGCCGCGCACUGGCCCCUACCACAUAUCCCGUGGCCCGGUCCGAACCGCGUGGCCGAGGUCAAGGCUGAGGGUUUUAACCUGCUCUCCAAGGAGUGCUACUCGCUGAACGGGAAGCAGAGCUCGGCCGAAAGUGACGCCUGGGUGCUGCAGUUCGCCGAGGCCGAGAACAGGCUGCUGCUAGGCGGAUGCAGGAAGAAGUGCCUCUCGCUGCUGAAAACUCUGCGUGACCGGCACCUCGAACUCCCCGGCCAGCCGCUCAACAACUACCACAUGAAGACCUUGGUGUCCUACGAGUGCGAGAAACAUCCACGGGAGUCAGAUUGGGAUGAAAACUGUCUGGGAGACCGGCUGAACGGCAUCCUGCUGCAGCUCAUUUCGUGCCUGCAGUGCCGCCGGUGCCCGCACUACUUCCUGCCGAACCUCGACCUGUUCCAGGGCAAACCGCACUCGGCGCUCGAAAACGCCGCCAAGCAGACUUGGAGGCUUGCAAGGGAGAUCCUGACCAACCCGAAAAGUCUGGAGAAGCUUUGAGGUAAAGCAGAGACUUGAGAAAUUCUAUCCACGUGUACUGUGCGAAGUGAAAAAAAAUAAAAAAUCCUAGGCGUAGAGUCGGGUUCGGUAUUACCGCCUGCCUGAAGUUCGGAAGCCUGUUCUAUUCGAGCAGCCUGGACAAAAAGAAACAAUAACGCUCACUGAUCUUUAAACCCUUACCCCGCCUUCUUGUUAAAACGUGUCUUUAUAAAAAUUAUUUUAGAUAUCACAGU